AUUUUGGGAGACUUUCUUUAAUUUGCUUUAUGUUAAGUUGGCAUAAUUUAGUGAUGAGCUAAUGCGUAAGGAUUGUUGGUAUCGCCACAAAAAUCUCCCCUGACUUUCCUGGAAAGGCAUAUGCCAAACACCAUUCCCCAAAACCUAAUUAACAAAAAACAAACAAACACAAACCCAAACAAUCAAUCAUCCCUCCGCGGCAGACAUCCUGAUGAGGUUAUAGCAGUGCCUGUGAUGAUGCAUGCAUAUAUGAUAUAUGGAUGAUCUUCGUAUAUCAUUAAUUAAUUAGCCGCUACCUCCUCUUCCACGAUCUGCUUGUCCUUUACGUAAUCUCCAGAUUCUAAAUGGAAGGGCCGGAGAGAAACGGGCGGGACCUUGAUUAAUUUAAUUUAUUUGUGAUUUUUACAACAAAGUUAAUAUAUCGUAGAGACGCCAUGUGAUUCAGAAGGAUGGAUGCAGCAGCUCCCACCAGCAGCAGCUACGACUCCAACCCUAACCACCAUCAUCAACACUAUCACACUACUAGCGCAUUCGCAACAAAAAGUAGCGACGCCAACAAGUCAAAUCCCCGUACUAAUAAUAGCAACAACGUCAUCAUGCACAACAAUAUUAUCAACAGCAACAACAAUCAGCGGCUGCUCCCAUCUACAAGUGCAACAAGGCCUCCUACAACCACCACAAGUAGUAGUACUAGUAGCGGUACUGCUGCAAGUACCAGCAACAGCCGAAACGACAGCAUAGAUAGCUCAUCAUCCAUGACCAGCAGUGUUACCAACAACGCAUCUUUGAAGCCACACACUGGUGGGGACAGCAGGUGGGACUCCAUCAACACCGUGGUGAGCUCCCGAGGCGCCAUGGGUCUUAGCAACUUCCGCCUCCUCAAGCGUCUUGGGUACGGUGACAUCGGCAGCGUCUACCUGGUAGAGCUCCGUGGCACCACCAGCCACUUCGCCAUGAAGGUGAUGGACAAGGCCUCCCUUGCCAGUCGCAACAAGCUCCUCCGCGCCCAGACCGAAAGGGAGAUCCUUGGGCUCCUCGACCACCCUUUCCUCCCAACACUCUACUCCUACUUCGAGACUGACAAGUUCUACUGCCUCGUCAUGGAGUUCUGCAGCGGUGGCAACCUCCACUCUCUCCGCCAGAAACAACCCACCAAGUACUUCUCUGAGGAUGCUGCCCGCUUCUACGCCUCUGAGGUCCUCCUCGCGCUCGAGUACCUCCACAUGCUUGGCAUCGUCUACCGCGACCUCAAGCCUGAGAAUGUACUUGUCCGAGAUGAAGGACACAUUAUGCUCUCCGACUUUGACCUGUCUCUCCGCUGCUCCGUCAAUCCCACCCUCGUCAAAUCCUCCUCCGUCAGCGGCGGCGGCGGCGGCUCAUCCUCUGGUACGUCAGCCGCCACCUCAGGAGGACCUGCCGUGCUCGCUGGCAGUGUGGGAUCCUCGGCCAAUGCCUUUGGCAGCGGCGGGGGGGCCAUUCUAGACGAGGAGUUCGCGGUCCACGGCUGCAUCCAACCCUCCACCUUCUUCCCUCGCUCCAUCCUCCCUAGCAAAAAGAACCGCAAGUCCAAGUCGGACUUUGGACUCUUUGUGGGUGGGUCCCUCCCGGAGCUGAUGGCGGAGCCCACCAACGUGAGAUCCAUGUCCUUCGUCGGGACCCACGAGUACCUCGCCCCAGAGAUCAUACGAGGAGAAGGCCACGGAAGCGCAGUUGACUGGUGGACUUUUGGGAUAUUCCUCUAUGAGCUCCUCCACGGGACCACCCCUUUCAAAGGCUCAGGAAACAGGGCCACAUUGUACAACGUGGUGGGCCAGCCCUUGAGGUUCCCGGACAGCCCACAGGUCAGCUAUCCGGCCCGAGACCUCAUCCGGGGACUCCUUGUGAAAGAGCCACACAAGCGGAUUGCCUACAAGCGUGGGGCCACCGAGAUCAAGCAACAUCCUUUCUUCGAAGGACUCAACUGGGCUCUAGUCAGGAGCCUUGCCCCUCCCCACGUCCCUGAACCCGUCGACUUCUCUCAGUACGCUAGCAAAGAGCCACCCCCACCGCAACCCUCCUCCUCUUCCUCCGCUACGCCACACCCAACUGCUUCUGCUUCUGCUUCUCCAUCUGUUUUUGCUGCAGAAAACAAGACCGCAACCCCAGCACACUCCCAAGGACAUCACAAGCACAACGGACACGUCAGCCCCACAGACGAUGACUCUUCAUAUAUAGAUUUUGAAUACUUUUGACUAAUGGCAACUAAUUAAAUCUCUCAUUAAUGAAAAAUAUCAACAUUAAUUGACCAUUAUUGGGAUCCAGCCCAAGCAUGCAGGACAGGAAGUUAAUAAUAUUGGAUAUGAUUUUUUCUUUUUUUUUUGUUAACUAAUGCAAACUAAAGCUAACAAUCAAUCUACUGUUCUGUUAUUUCUAUUCUCAUCUUCCAAUUUUUGUUACACAUAUAUAUAAAUGAAUUGAUAUUGGAUU